AUGCAGGCUAUGGAAACUCAGAUUGAGGAGUUGUCUAAGCUGCAAGCUGAUAGAACUCAAGAGCAGAUUCGUGCAGAUGCCGAAACAGCUAGGAGAAUUCAAGACGAAGACGAGGCUAGGGAACGGUUAAAAAAGGAAACCGAAGACAAGGACCACGAGUUGGCCCAGAAAUACAAUGAGGAAGAAAAGGCCGCUCAACCGGAAUCCACAUCAGCACAAGCCUCGCACUCAAUGAAAACAAGGAACAAGAAUAAACGUAAGAAGAUUGUGAGCUUGCUGCAUCAGGUUGAACAAAGCGGUAUCGAAGAGUUUCAACCGGAUGAACAAUUUGAGGAACCUCUAGAUGAAGAAGAAGAGGAAUAUGCUACACGACUUAACCCGCGAAAGAAGAAAGCAGAACAGACCAAGUCGUAUAAACCGGCUGAAGAAUAUAUCAAAGCAAUCCAUCUCCAGAUGAUCAAGUCAUGA